CCGCUCGUUCGCACAUCCUUUCUCAGCUGACGCCGUCUGGGGCGGAGAGCGCAAAAUAAGUCCUGUGGAGAGAGGUUGUAAUGCUUUCCACUGGCUUGGGACCUGCUAACAUGGAGCUAAGGUGAGGAUGGACUACCCACCGCCAAAAUCAGACAGAAUGGGGAAAUCCAGACUGUUUCGCAUCUUUCUGAUCCUGGGCUCCGUGUUCAUGAUCCUGUUGAUCAUCAUCUACUGGGAUGAUGUGGGGGCGACCCACUUCUACCUGCACACCACCAUAUCCGGCCCACACACAUCCCGGCAGCCCCCGGAGGGUAACACCGAUCCCAAGCCCAAGCCAGACACGGACAAAGAACCCUCUUUCCUGUCGGACAUUGAUGCCUUUGUCAACCAGUUCCUGAUUGGCACCGCAGACCCCACCGAGCAGGUGAGAGGGGAGCCCCUUGCUGGCGACGCCAACCAGAACCAGUCCAACGAGUCCAAGUCCGAUGAGAAGUUUGUUCCCAGACGCGAGUGGAAGAUCCACUUGACUCCGAUCACCCAGGAGCUAAAGCAAAGACAGGAGGACCGGAGACAUAUGGUCCGCGGUCUCUGCAGUGGCAACAGCACGCUCGACUUCCCCGGCAAGAACAGGACAUUUGACGAAAUCCCCAACAAGGAGCUGGACCACCUCAUCGUGGACGACCGGCACGGGAUCAUCUACUGCUAUGUGCCCAAGGUGGCGUGCACUAACUGGAAGCGCAUCAUGAUCGUGCUGAGUGAGAGCCUGCUGGUGGACGGCGUGCCUUACCAGGACCCCCUGGACGUGCCCACCGAGCUCAUCCACAACAGCAGCCUGCACUUCACCUUCAACAAGUUCUGGAAGCGCUACGGCAAGUUCUCACGCCACCUGAUGAAGAUAAAGCUCAAGAAGUACACCAAAUUCUUGUUCGUCCGUGACCCCUUCGUCCGGCUCAUCUCCGCCUACCGGAACAAGUUCAAGCAGGAGAACGAGGAGUUUUACAAGAGGUUCGCUGUGGUCAUGCUCAAGCGAUUCGGAAAUUACUCGGAUCCCCCAGCGUCGGUCGUGGAUGCGUUUGCUGCCGGCAUCAGGCCAACUUUCUCCAACUUCAUCCAGUACCUCCUGGACCCCAACACAGAGAAGGAGGCCCCCUUCAAUGAGCACUGGAGACAGAUGUACCGCCUGUGCCACCCAUGCCAGAUCAACUACGACUUUGUGGGGAAGCUGGAAACCCUGGAUGACGAUGCCGAGCACUUGCUAAGAAUCCUGCGUGUGGACAAUGUGGUCCAGUUCCCAACGAGCCAUCGGAACCGAACGGUGACCAGCUGGGAGCAAGAUUGGUUCUCCAACAUUCCGUACGAGUCGCGGAGAGAACUCUACAAGCUCUACGAGGCUGACUUCAGAUUGUUUGGAUAUGCAAAACCCGAGAAACUUUUACAUGAGUGAAACAGUGCCCCAUUUUAAGUAUAGGAAAUAUGGAAAAUAUUGCAGUUUUAAUGUCAUUGUUAUUGUACUGACUUUUCUUUCUUUUUUCUAAUACCCCCUGAGGUUUUGUACAAGGGAUGCUUUUAUGGUUAUGGUCAUGGUUAUGGGAUUUGGCAGACACCUUUGUCCAAAGCGACACACAAAUACAAAAACAAAAACAUAAUAUUUAAAAAACAAGAAGUACACCAAGUACUUUUAUUUGUGCUGUCUGGUCAUCUUAGUGAUUCAGAUAUUUCAUUUUGCAAUGCAAGGGUUUGAAAAGAGGACAGCAUCAAAAACAGUAAUGCUUUUUAAUGGGUCCCAGCAACCUCAAUGAGUUAGUCAACAAGGUAGCAAGCAGUGGAGGCUGUGGAUUUUCAUGUUAGAGUUUGUCCUCUGGUGUAAGAGAUUUGUAUUAUUUUAAUAAGUAAAUGUAUACAGUUGAGGCACUUUGUUCACAAGAGAAAGAAAUAUCUACUGUAUAUCAGCAGUAUUUUCAAAAAGUCUAAUGGUCUUUGCUGCUCACAGAGAGAAUUAGGACAGCUUCUAAAAAGGGGAAACGUGCAACCAGUCAGUUGAUGAUUUUUAUAAAACAUGUUUAUUUGAAUGUUUGUUUUUUUUGUUCAUUUUAUAUAAUUCCCCUCUCACAACAGAGGAAGAAUGAAUGUGACUAUUUGUGUGAAUGUGUUACAAAUGCAGCUAUCUUGCAUAGAUUACAUUUUUUUUAUCUUAGUUUGUACAUAUUUUUCUGUUUAAAUGGCACAAGCAUUCAUCGUAGCAGUGAUGUUAUUUAGCAUGCAGUGAUGCAGAUAUACUUUGCUGCCUAUCAGCAUCAAAAGGAAAUUCCUUUGUAGCAGAUUAUGUUUCUGAGGACGAUUGUCAGGCCUCUUUUCCCUCUGCAUCCACGCAUCCUCCUCCUCUUAAUCGUCAUGUCCAUUUGAUUUAAGGCUGUCUUGCAUUUGGAAGGAGCACUGUUAAACUGGCGGAGUUUGUUUGCUGUAGUCCUCUGCAUGCCAUAGAUUUGAACGAAGCAUGUUUGCCUUGCAGUCCUUGUCGACAAAUGCAGACAAGAGGGAAAUACAGUGCUUCCUAACUCAAACAGUCCAGUGGAGUUUUUAGUCUCUGUUAAAUUAAUAGGAAUUAGGCUAAUAGAAACGAUAUAAGACAUCAGACAAAUCAUUUUAAGCACAAAACAAUAUUUGGUUUUAUAGCUGGUUACAUUAUACCUUUUCAGCAGCAGCAGAAAAACAUUUUUUGCAGAGCAAUGCUUCUUCUUGGGGCAGAACGAUCCUAACAAGCAUCUGUUAGUAGAGAGGUUAGAUGCUGGGCACUUCAUUAUCCAUUAUCCUGCACUCCUUCUACACCUUUUGUUCUUCUCUUUUGAAAGAUGCCAUCAAAAAAUUAACCUGAUGCACUUUGCACAGAGGACUGUACGUUCUGUCCUUAACUCUGAGAGUGUGUGUGCAUUUGUUUGAUUUCUUUUGGCAGUUGUGUGUGUGUGUGUGUGUGUGUUUCCUGUAUGGGUCCCUGUGAUGCUUCGGUGGGUUGGGGUCAGAGGGCGAGUCAGCAGCAGGAAAGCUGGAGAGCAUCCGUUGGGACAGGAAGGGAAGGGAAAGAGGGCUGGACGGAUGUGUUAUCUCUUCUGACCAGCUAGCCCCCAGGUCAGGGCUCACCUCUGGAGGAGAGGAGAUUUCUGGUUAACACUGCACUGUUGCACCCACACUGUAACGGUGCCUUUUUAAAGACAAGGGAAGUAACGUUUACACAGCAAAAAGCAUAAAAGAAAAAGUAUUUUUCUAAGUAUGACUAUAUUUGUCUAUGGGAAAAAGACUAUUGUUUAGGAAAUUGUUUGGGAAAUAUUUUAAUGAUGUAUAGGAUAUUUGAUGUAUACUGUAUGUUUAUAUUUGCUAUAUCUGGCCAAGAUUAUGGCUAUAGGAUGCUGAAUCUUGUCAAUGCAUUUUUCUUUCCUUGUUGAAGUUUGGUUUGGUGCGGACAAAGCACAUCCUUCUCCCAUGUUCAGUAAAACAGAAGAUGCUUAGUUCUAUGUACUGUCCUUUGCCUAUGUAUUUUUGAAUAUGGUUGUGCAACAAUACAAAACUUGACGUUAUUUUGUUAAAGUUAUGUGCCAUAAGAACAAGAUUAUGAGCUACAUGUGUUUAUUUGUGACCUUUUUGAUGCCUCUAUCUAAACGGAAAAAAAGAGUAGAAUGUCUCCUAACAGGACUAAUUUCAGUCACAGUUGCAUGUAAUGUUUAGUUGCAGGGUAAAUUAUAGUGUUAGCUCAAAAAGGGAUAUCUUUGUGUAUAGUUUUCCAUCAGGUC